CUGUACUGUAAUAAUAUCUCUUUCUUUCUGCCUCUCCCUCUCGCGAUUUAAUUCAAACAUGAAACCAAAGUGGCUCUACCAAAUAUUUCAGGCAAUUUCUCAAACAUCGAUCUCUUCUGAAACUGUGGAGAAGUUUCCAUUUUAAAAGUCAAAGAGAUAGCUAGGUUUGGUGUUCCUUUGGCCUUUUCUUGGUUGUUCCCCUUGAACGGUAGUAAUUAGUUUCAGAGCAUGUGGUUCUUCUCCUGCUUCAAACAUGAUCCAUCUAAGGAUGAUAUUGAUAUCAAAACCGCCAAGAAAAUUUCACUGUACGAAGAAGAAGAUGGCAAGGCACGUGAACAGUUUGAGAUUAAAAGGGCAACGGAGAUAAGUCUGGAGCUAGCUGAGAAAGAAGAUGGAAAGAGAAGAUUAGAAGAUCAUGGGUCCAAGGAGAAUCGCAAAAGAAAGCUAGUGGAUGUUGAUCAUCAGCAGCUUGCAAAUACUCCUAUGGAGACUUUUAAGGAUAAGGAACAAAUCGAGCAUUCCAAAGAUGCUGUCGAUGAAGAUGUGAAUCCUCCUCCUCCUAGCAUACGCAUUGGUGGCAAAUCUGAGAUUGGAGAUGGAACAGUACCUGUCAAUCCUCCAUGCGUAUGUUGCUUUCAUUGCCACAAACCAAUUGCUAUGCACGAGGUUUUAAAGAAAGGCAAAUUUCACAUAGAUUGCUACAAGGAGCACCGUCAUCCUACCUGCUAUGUCUGCAACCAUAAGAUUCCUUCGACUGAGGAAGGUAUAAAGUACAACGAGCAUCAGUUCUGGCAGGAUAAAUACUGUCCUUGUCAUGACGAUGAUGGAACUGCCAAGUGUUGCAGCUGUGAAAGAUUAGAAGAGUCUUUUGGAACCAAGUAUGUAAUGCUUGCAGAUGGCCGAUGGCUAUGUCGUGAAUGUAUGGAAUAUGCGGUUAUGGAUACUGAUGAAUGCCAUGAUUUACAUGUUGAAAUCCGCGAGUUCUUUGAAGGGUUGUUCUGGAAGGUUGAGAAAGAAUUUCCUCUUCUUCUGGUCGAGAAACAAGCCCUGAAUAAAGCAGAGGAAGAAGAGAAGAUUGACUAUCAUCGUGCAUCCGUAACCAGAGGUCUUUGCAUGUCCGAGGAGCAUCAUGUCCCAACUAUAAUGAAAAGGCCAAGGAUAGGACCGAACAACCAGCUAAUAGGCAUGGUUACAGAGACUCAAAUGGUGAGUGGAUGUGAGGUUACAGGGAUUCUCAUUUUAUAUGGAUUUCCUAGGUUACUAACAGGAUACAUCUUGGCUCACGAGAUGAUGCAUGCUUGGCUUAGACUCAACGGAUAUAAUAAGAAGCUUAAGUUGGAGCUUGAAGAAGGAUUAUGCCAAGCAUUAGGCCUCAGGUGGUUGGAGUCUAAGACAUUUGCCUCUACUGAUGCUGUAGCUUCUUCUUCUACUUCCCCAGCUCCUCCAGCCGUUACUACGUCAAAGAAAAGUGACGACUGGUCUGAUUUUGAGAAGAAGUUCGUCAAGUUUUGCAUGAAUCAGAUCAAAGAAGAUGACUCGCCGGUCUAUGGUCUCGGAUUCAAACAAGUUUACCAGAUGAUGGUUUCAAAUAACUACAGCCUUAAGAAUACCCUGGAAGAGAUCGUUAAAGCUUCCAAUGCUAUACCAGAUUCAAAGAUAAUUUGAAUACCCUGGAAGAGAUGGUAUAAUAUACGUACGGACACACACUCACGCACAACACUGCGGAUCUUUGUCAUCUUUCAUAUGUGGCUGUGGUGCCUGUUUGGCAUCAUCAAUGUUGGUGUUGCCUUUCAUUUCCACAAACCAAUUGCUACACCUUUAAUGUUGGUGAAUCUUUAGUCUCUACGACAAUUAUUUUCUGAAAACUUCGCUAACGUUCCAACUUCCAUUGAUCGUUUGGCAUCAUCAUCAAUGUUUGUUUCUUUGUA